UUGCUUCGGCAGUACAUAUACUAAAAUUGGAACGAUACAGAGAAGAUUAGCAUGGCCCCUGCGCAAGGAUGACACGCAAAAUCGUGAAGCGUUCCACAUUUUUUGCAAUUUCCGCAACUACUCGACGAAUGAAAUAGAUUUCUUUUUAUUUUUCACGAAUACUCGUUGUCAGUAAAAAAUUUGAUGUUUAAUUAAAAGAGUUUGUUAGCAUUUAAAUAGUUUAAUAAAAAUCCGUGUAUUUGAAAAAAGAUACGUGAAAUUUAUGUAUUGUAAUAACUUAAAGUCACCAAUGAACUGAUAAGUACUUAGACUGUUUCGAAGCAACUUGUCUUCGUUCAUUAUUAUAAAUGAAAAGAAUAAGAAAUAAAGUUGACAUUUGAUCAAUAGUGGUGGAAGAUAAUAAUGAAUAAUGAGUUUAUAAUAACAAAUUGUAUGAGAAGAAAGAGUUCUACUUAUUUCCGGUUUCACGUUACGGUAUACGUUUUUGACAAUGCGACAGUAAUUACUUAAAUUUUAAGAGAUUUUUAUUCUAAACAUUUAUACAGACAGAUUUAGUCAAAUAAAUGAAGCCAAUGCUUGCUAUGCUUCUUUAAGUACCGGUUACACAUAUCGCGUGUAACAAAUACACGAAUGAUUUAUAAUUCUUUAAAAAAAUGUCGAAACAAUGGAUGUCAAAUUUCAUAUUAGCUGGUACUAUUAGAUAUUUAUUGAUGAAUUCUGGAUAUCAAAAAGUUAUUAGCGAUUGUGUGGAAGUAUCAACAGCGUUAAACUCUUGGAAAAGAGUGACUGAAGGUGUUCAUUUGUAUAACUUCGGUGUAGAUCCUUAUAUUGGAGAUUUGUUUCAUGAAACUCCUAUUGGUUUAUAUGUUUUUGAUAUCAUUCUACAAUAUUUACCACAAUGGAGUUUAUUUUUCUUGUUCAUCUUUACUGAUUUAUUAACAGCUUUACUUCUUUCAUUUACUGCCAAACAGUAUGCAGUUGAAUUGGCCUCUAGAAAUGAACAAGAAAAGACGCCUGAUCAAUGCACAGAAAAUCAAAAUGAUUCUUCUACAAUUUCUACUUCCAUGAUGUAUGUCUCAGCGGCGUAUUUAUUUAAUCCAUACAUAAUAUUAAAUUGUGUUGGACAUACAACAACAGUAUUCACUAAUUUAUUGUGCUCCAUAGCAUUGAUUUCAAUGACAAAGUAUUCUAUAUUCUGGAGCUGUUUGUCAAUUUCGUUAUUGACUUUACAAGGAUUAUAUCCUAUUUCGCUUAUGGUACCAGCAACUAUUUACAUAGUUCAGUCAAAGAAUACAGUACACAGAAAGAAUAUCAUUAUUUCUAUUAUUGUGGUGUUCGCGAGCAUAUUAACAAUUUUGUUCUGCAUUUCUUAUUACAUCAUGGGAAGUUGGUCAUUUAUUUGGAGUACAACUGGCUUUAUUUUAACAGUUCCUGAUUUACGUCCUAACAUAGGACUGUAUUGGUACUUCUUUACAGAAAUGUUUGAGCAUUUUAGAUGGCUAUUCAUUGCUUCAUUUCAAAUAAAUGUUGGAUUAUUGUAUAUAGUACCAUUAGCAUUAAGAUUACGACAUGAUCCAAUGCUAUUAGCAUUUUCUUAUUUAGCAAUUGCUGCCAUAUUUAAGUCUUAUCCUUGCAUUGGAGAUGUUGGAUUUUAUAUAUCUUUAUUGCCACUUUGGAAACAUCUAUUUCAGUAUACCCAACAAAGAUUCGUUGUGGGUUGUUUCAUGUUAUUCUGCACAGUUUUUGCGCCCACUGUUUGGUACCAAUGGAUUUAUUCCAGAUCAGCGAAUGCGAAUUUCUACUUCGGAGUAACGCUGGCAUUCGCAAUUGCACAAAUCUUUUUACUAACAGACAUUUUAUUUGCGAGCGUGAAACAUGAAUUUGCAAUACGUCACGGUAUUAAUAAGGAUGUUACUGGAAGUAAGGCGAAAUUACUUUUAGAAUAAAGUUGCAUUCUUCAAAGUCUAGUAUUAAACCUGUUUAUUAAAACUUCAAGGUUUUAUAAGACUGUACUGAACAAAUAUUUUGUUUUUUCUAAUUUAAAAAACGAGUUACCAUAAUAUUAAAGAAUCCUGGAUUUUAAUACUGUCUGCUUUAUUUUAUUUAUUCUUGAUUUUCAACAUAUUCAACAUACAAUAUUA